AUGGGUGCCAACAACACCAUCCUAUCUAAACCCUCAAAUGCCAAGCCAAGGCAGCAAUUGAGAUACUACUUCGAGCCACCACCACCACUUGGUACCGUGCGCGAGAUCAUUACCGUGCCCUUGCGACACAAGAAUAGACGGAUUAAAUUGCACGUCUACAGGCCCGAACCAUUGUAUGAUGGGAAGGACUACACUGUCUCCGUGAACUUCCACGGUAGCGGAUUUGUGCUCCCAUGCCAUGGUCAAGACUUUCAUUUCUGCGCCCAACUCUGCUCGCGUCUCAAUGUCGUAGUGCUGGACGCCGACUACCGCAAUGCACCCGAAGACCCGUUCCCGGCGGCUGUUGAAGACGCCAAUGAUGUCGUACCGUUCGCCUUGCCUCCACUGGACUUUUCCCGCCUAACGCUGACUAGCUUUUCAGUCGGUGGCAACCUUGCGCUCGUCACCGCGACGAGGCUGGGGCCGCAGCGCGUCGCUGCUGUAUCCACCGACGUCAUUGUCUUGCGAUUCGAGCAUGGCCAAGAACCCGCCAAACCCAACUUUCAGAUACGGUAUCAGAUUGAGGAACGCAGUCACUCUCCUCUUCAGGGGAUCAUACAUUGUCAAGGCAAACGUUCUCUCUCAUGUCGAGUGGUCCACAUCAUAUGCGGCGAUGGCGACAUUCUGUGGGAUGACAGUGACAAGCUCAUCAACAAGCUCAAAUCUGCGAACCAUCCCGAUGCGACCUUGAACACUGUCAAGCAUGGCGGUCACGCUUUCGAUAAGGCCCAGCGCAGUCCCGAUGGCAUCAAACCGCGCGACUAUGCGUAUGAUGUCGUCUUUGCUGCUGUCGAGCGAGGGCACAACCAUGCUUGA